CUUUGUUUUCCAGAUAUGAGGAGACCCUUCCCCUCAGGGUGCCAUGGGAAAUGACGCCUUGGUGAGCAGAAUGGGAAGUGACACUGGCACCAGAAUCCGCGGGUAUCAGUGGCAUGAAGUGGGAGCACAUGUUAAGUCCUUCGCCCUCCCCGCCCAGAAGAGUCCACCGAUUUGGGGACCCAGCCUGGACAGAAUGUCCUUCCAUCACGGGACACUCGCACCGGCCACACUCCCUCCGCCUGGGACAAUCUGGACACACCGUUCACCCACGUACACUCCAGAUGGAGUUCUAGUCAGGGGAGGGGAGGGGACCAGGGAAGGGCCCCCUCCCGGCAGCCACAGCUCAGAGGGAAGGAGCAGCAGGGGUCCCAGGUCAGCUCGGGGCAGGUGAGGGAGACUCCAGAGGUGUGGUGGUGGGUUGGGUUGGUGGGGGCAGGGGGCCAGUCUUGAGCACAGUGUGCCUUGGCCAUCACCCAGGGGCACCUGGCCCAGAGCUUGCAGGGGCCAGCUCUAGGCCACCUGCCCCCAUCCAGGAAGAGGCACAUACCCCAAGCCAGGGUUUACUUUUAAUUUGUUUUCCAAAGCAGGAAGCAGCUUCUGGCUGGCACCUUCGGGCUGUGGGUGAGGGGGGCAGCCUCUUACAGGGGAGCAGGUUCCUGUGAACAAGGAAGUAGAAGCUGCAGUGAUGCCCACCCCGCCCGGGCCUGCAGCCCCUCCUCAGGCUGCCCUCCUCCCAGACUACAAAACCUCCAUGCUGGACAGGGGCUAGGAGACAAUACUGAGCAGCUGAAUUUCGGUGGCCUGCGGGCCCUGGCGACAGGCAGGCUAGGUAGGGGUGUGGAGAGCAAGGUGGCCAGACCCAAAGCCUCACAGGCCCGCGUGGGGGUCUGUGUGUUCCUUCGUGCUUCACAGCUGCUCUGCGAGCGACUGUCUUCCACCCCACCCACCGCGCCCCCUGACCUAGGCCCAGGCUGCCACCCGCGUCACAGCCCGACGGGACACCAGCCCUCCGGUGUCAACGCGCCAGAUUCUCUCAUUACGUUCUUUUUGGUAUUAAGUAUCAUUUCCGCGGUUUUGUUUUGUCGCGUUGUGUUUUGUUUUUGUAAUACAGAAAUCUCCAUGACAGGGAGAAAAUGCUGGUUGGACUCUCCAAACUGGUUUCACGCCCACGGGACGGGUCUCCAGCCCGCAGUUUGGAAAAACCCUCCCCAGACCCCUGAUCGCCCGCCCCGCCGCGCCCAUUCCGCUGGCCAAUCGCGCCGCAGCGGGCGGCGAUUCGCCUGUCCCCGGCCCGGGCCCGGCCCCGCGAUUGGCCUCUUCCCGCGCCCCCCGGCUCGUAUUUAGGCUCCCGCAAGCGCUGCGCUCAGUGUCGCCGCCAUGGAACUGGGACUCAAGGGCCGUCGGGCGCUCGUCACCGGGGCGGGCAAAGGCAUCGGGCGCGACACGGUCAAGGCGCUGCACGCGGCGGGGGUGCAAGUGGUGUCCGUGAGUCGGACCCAGAGCGACCUGGACAGCCUGGUCCGCGAGUGCCCGGGCGUGGAGCCCGUGUGCGUGGACUUGGGUGACUGGGAGGCCACCGAGCGGGCGUUGGGCAACGUGGGCCCCGUGGACCUGCUGGUGAACAACGCCGCCGUGGCACUGCUGCAGCCCUUCCUGGAGGUCACCAAGGAGGCGAUUGACACGUCCUUCGCCGUGAACCUGCGGGCUGUCAUCCAGGUGUCCCAGAUUGUGGUCCGUGGGAUGAUUGCUCGCGGAGCCCCAGGUGCCAUCGUGAAUGUGUCCAGCCAGACCUCCAAGGGCGCCGUAACCGACCACAGCGUCUACUGUUCCACCAAGGGCGCCAUGGACAUGCUGACCAAAGUGAUGGCUCUGGAGCUCGGGCCACACAACAUCCGCGUGAAUGCAGUGAACCCCACAGUGGUGAUGACCGACAUGGGCCGGAUCUACUGGAGCGACCCCCAGAAGGCCAAGACUAUUCUGGCCCGUAUCCCGCUGGGCAGGUUUGCUGAGGUGAGCGAAGUGGUGGAUACCAUCCUCUUCCUGCUAGAGCAGCAGACCACAGGCUCCAGGGUGCUUGUGGAUGGGGGCUUCCUCACCAACUGAGCCCCAGCCCCACCACCCCACUCCAUGCUAGUGCCGAGUCCCCCCGACCCCCAUCCCUCCAAUAAACCUGAUUCUUUGUCCAGGCUGCACACUGAUUCCCAGGCUGCUGGCAGGGGCCGGAAAGUGUCGAGCUCGGGGCCGGGUGUAGCAGUGGGUCCCAGGUGGGGAGGUACGCAUUCAGUUCAUAUCCACGGCCAGGUGGCAGCCUGGCUCCCACACCUGAGAUUUUUCAGACCUGCCACCUUUCUGGCAGGGGCUGGAAGGUGAGACCUUCCCGAGGCCAGCUCCUGAGGAGGGUGGCGAAUGGGACGAAGGAUGGCCUUGGGCCCUGGUUGGCUCUGGGGGCGGUGGCCGACAGGAAGGAACGCCGGCGAGCAGUUGCUGACUCUGCAGGAAGUGAAACACGGACGUGCUGAAACUACACCGACUUGUCCUGAGCGACGUCUUUGCGUGCCCAGACCAGCUUCGGAUGCUGGGAGAACGCUCCCUCAGCUCUUUGGGUUCUUCAUGGCGUGCCAAGCACAGGCGGGCACACCAGUCUAACCUCUGCUUCUCACCACGGAGUCUGGCAGCAAACAAUAGAUGGAGAAUCUGCCAGCUGCCGGAGUGUGAAUACUCCCAGCAACGUGGUGUCACUGAGGGCACAGCUGGGGAGGGACGUGCCUAGGCGGCCCCGCCAGACUCAACUGGUAUAAAUAACCACAAAAGCAAAAAUAAUGCUGAUGUGCACAAAAAUUAGAAAGUGAUGAACUCUGUUAAUUUGGUUUCUAAUACAACUAAUCGUAAGUUUAUCUAA